UCCAUCCACCCCUCCCCUCCCUCUCCUACCCGUCGCAUAGAACAGCCCAUUUUCAUGUUGCCAUCACCUUAGGACGAGUGCGGUUAGCGAGGUAUCUUUUCAGCAUGUAGACCCAAAUUCUUGCUUACCUAUUGGAGCUUAUGCUGUAUUAUCUGACAAAAAACAACAGCAACGAGAAACAUUGGGAACAACGACAAGAACAGUAGGCCUAAUAAUAUCAAAUAGCUACCUGCAGUCCAUAACCAUUAAUUUAUGCAAACACGCUAAUAUCUACCCUGUAUCAUUUCAUUUUCUUCAGCAUUAGAGGAAUUCCACAUAGGCCUAGACGUCCGCACAAUUUUGUGCUCUACAUUUUUAUAUGCUGACCAGAAACAACAGAUGGGACAUCACGUCGGUAUACAUCCCUCAAACGUUUUUUUCUCUGUCGGAUUUGAAGUGAAUUUGAAAGUGAAGAACAUUGGAUUUUCUGUUUUUCUAAACUCCCCGUUGACGUCCUUGGACAUGGCCGGCCUCUAGGUGAAUCCACCUUCUGAAGCAUCUUACUCUUUACACUCAAACGCCUGAGCUCUUCUUUUUAUUUCUCUCCUUACAAAUAUCUGGCUCUAUGGAUUGGUAUCCUCCCUAUCAUUUAGCUUGAUGCCCUUUUCUCUUCUGGGGUUGUGAGAAACACCAGAUUAAGGUCUCUGGUGGAAUAAACCACAGUCAAAUAACACAACAAAAACAUUUCCAUAUGUUCUUCCACACAUGCCUUGAUAUGGAGAAUCAUAGAAGGGGAAAAGGAGGGAGUGGCAUGGGGGAACAUUAAUCGAAAAAUCACAUAGUCAAGCAUACCCCACUUCCUACCCUGGCCAAGGCACUAAAGGAGUCCAUCAGAAAAUCAUUGUUUUUUGAAAAAUCAACACAUUUCUAUAACCACACAUUAUCAUGGGGGACUUAGCCAAUAGCUCGGUGGAGUUCAAACCCAAGAAGCAAGGUAGUGGAGGGGGAAUGGAGGUCAACCAUGCAGGGGACUUCGGGGCUACCCUGGAGGACCUGCGGGACCUUAUGGAGCUGAGGGGUGCAGAAGCCAUUCAGAAGAUCCAGGAGAACUACACGGAUACAGAGGGCCUCUGUCAGAGACUGAAGACAUCCCCAGCCAAUGGCCUAUCGGACAACCCGUCAGACCUGGAGAAGCGUGGCCAGGUGUUUGGCCAGAACUUUAUCCCUCCUAAGAAAGCCAAGUCGUUCCUGGAGCUGGUCUGGGAGGCCCUACAGGAUGUCACUCUCAUCAUCCUGGAGAUAGCUGCCAUCAUCUCCCUCGCACUGUCCUUCUACCAACCACCCGGAGAGGAGAGCGAAGCGUGUGGGAACGUGGCGUCCGGUGCAGAGGAUGAGGGCGAAGCGGAGGCUGGCUGGAUCGAGGGCGCAGCCAUCUUGUUGUCCGUAGUCUGUGUGGUGCUGGUGACGGCCUUCAAUGACUGGAGCAAGGAGAAACAGUUCCGGGGACUGCAGAGCCGCAUCGAGCAGGAGCAGCGAUUCGCCGUGGUGCGGAACGGCACCGUCAUCCAGAUCCCUGUGGCCGAAAUGGUGGUCGGGGAUGUGGCCCAAAUCAAAUACGGCGAUCUCCUUCCUGCUGAUGGGAUACUGAUACAGGGAAAUGACCUGAAGAUCGAUGAGAGCUCGCUGACAGGAGAGUCUGACCAUGUAAAAAAGUCUGUUGACAAGGACCCCAUGUUGCUGUCUGGAACUCAUGUGAUGGAAGGCUCUGGAAAGAUGCUGGUUACUGCUGUGGGGAUCAACUCUCAAACUGGAAUCAUCUUCACUCUACUGGGGGCUGGAGAGGGUGAUCAAGAGGAGGAGAAGAAAGACAAGAAAGGUAAGCAAGAUGGGACAUUGGAAAACAAUCAGAACAAAGCCAAGAAACAGGAUGAGGCCGUUGCCAUGGAGAUGCAGCCCCUGAAGAGCGCUGAAGGAGGGGAGGUGGAAGCAGAGAAGAAAAAGGGCAACGUGCCUAAAAAAGAGAAGUCUGUGCUCCAGGGCAAACUCACUAAACUGGCCGUGCAGAUCGGGAAGGCAGGUCUGGUCAUGUCAGCCAUCACAGUGAUCAUCCUGGUGAUGUACUUUGUGAUCGAGACCUUUGUGGUUCAGGGCCGGGAGUGGCUCACUGAGUGUACACCUGUCUAUGUGCAGUACUUUGUCAAGUUCUUCAUCAUCGGCGUCACAGUGCUGGUGGUGGCUGUGCCUGAAGGGCUGCCACUGGCUGUCACUAUAUCACUUGCCUACUCUCUGUCAAGGUGAGGGGAAUAAGCUAAAAUGAUGAAGGACAAUAACUUGGUGCGCCACCUAGAUGCCUGUGAGACCAUGGGCAAUGCCACGGCCAUCUGCUCUGACAAGACGGGCACCCUCACUACCAACCGCAUGACCGUGGUGCAGGCCUACGCGGGCGACCAGCACUUCCACAUGGUCCCGCACCCUGACCAGAUGAAUCCUAUGGUGCUGGACACACUCGUAAACGCCAUAGCUGUCAACAGCGCCUACACCUCCAAGAUUAUGCCCCCAGAUAAGGAGGGAGGCCUACCCAAGCAGGUGGGCAACAAGACAGAGUGUGCCCUACUUGGCUUCGUCCUGGACCUGAAGAGGGACUAUGCCCCCGUGAGGGAACAGAUCCCUGAGGAGAAGCUCUACAAGGUCUACACCUUCAACUCGGUGCGCAAGUCCAUGAGCACAGUGGUGCAGUUGCCCGAUGGAUCCUUCCGCCUCUACAGCAAGGGGGCCUCUGAGAUCCUGCUCAAGAAGUGCUCCUCUAUCAUGGCUGGCGGUGGAGAUCCGCGGGGUUUCCGCCCACGGGACAGGGAUGAGAUGGUGAAGAAGGUGAUCGAGCCCAUGGCCUGCGACGGCCUGCGCACCAUCUGCGUGGCUUACAAGGACCUGCCGGCCAGCCCUGAGCCCGACUGGGAGGACGAGGCGGGCAUCGUCAGCGACCUCAUCUGUAUCACCGUGGUGGGCAUCGAGGACCCUGUCCGCCCAGAGGUCCCAGAUGCUAUCAAGAAAUGCCAGCGAGCAGGUAUCACUGUGCGCAUGGUGACAGGUGACAACAUCAACACAGCACGAGCCAUCGCUGCCAAGUGUGGCAUCAUCCAGCCAGGGGAUGACUUCCUGUGUAUAGACGGGAAGGAAUUCAACCGACGAAUCAGAAAUGAGAAAGGAGAGGUUGAGCAGGAGCGCAUUGAUAAGGUUUGGCCCAAACUGAGAGUUCUGGCUAGGUCCUCACCUACAGACAAACAUACACUGGUCAAAGGCAUCAUAGACAGCACCGUACUGGAACAGCGGCAGGUAGUGGCUGUGACAGGGGAUGGGACAAACGACGGACCCGCCCUGAAGAAGGCCGAUGUUGGCUUUGCCAUGGGCAUCGCUGGUACUGACGUAGCCAAGGAAGCCUCUGACAUCAUCUUGACUGAUGACAACUUCUCUAGCAUUGUGAAGGCGGUCAUGUGGGGACGUAACGUCUAUGACAGCAUCUCCAAGUUCCUCCAGUUCCAGCUCACUGUCAACGUGGUGGCUGUCAUUGUGGCCUUCACCGGCGCCUGUAUCACACAGGACUCUCCUCUGAAGGCUGUCCAGAUGUUGUGGGUGAACCUGAUCAUGGACACAUUUGCCUCCCUGGCCUUAGCCACCGAGCCGCCCACUGAGUCCCUGCUCCUGAGGAAGCCUUACGGCCGCAACAACCCCCUCAUCUCCCGCACCAUGAUGAAGAACAUCCUGGGUCAUGCCAUCUACCAGCUCACCAUCAUCUUCACCCUGCUGUUUGCGGGAGAAAAGAUCUUCAACAUUGAUAGCGGACGCAACGCCCCUCUGCACUCUCCCCCCUCCGAGCACUACACGAUCAUCUUCAACACCUUUGUGCUCAUGCAACUGUUCAACGAGAUCAAUGCCCGCAAGAUCCACGGUGAAAGGAAUGUUUUCGACGGCAUAUUCCACAACCCUAUUUUCUGCAGUAUUGUGCUGGGGACUUUUUUAAUGCAGUUUGUGAUUGUGCAGUUUGGGGGGAAACCUUUCAGCUGCACACCGCUCAAUGUGGAACAGUGGUUGUGGUGUCUGCUCGUGGGAGUAGGAGAGCUGCUGUGGGGACAGCUCAUCACCACGGUGCCUACCAGCCGCCUGCCCUGUCUGAAGGAAGCGGGUCAUGCGCUGGGUAAGGAAGAGAUGAUUGAUGAUGACAUGGCAGAUGAUGAGCAAGAGAUUGACCAUGCUGAGAGGGAGCUACGUCGAGGGCAGAUCCUCUGGUUCCGGGGCCUCAAUCGUAUUCAGACUCAGAUGGAGGUAGUGAGUACCUUCAAGAGAAGUGGUUCCUUUCAGGGUGCUGCGCGACGUCGCUCCUCAGUUCUCAGCCAACUCCAUGACGUAACCAAUAUUUCUACUCCCACUCACAUCCGAGUGGUGAAAGCAUUCCAUAGCCCACUUUAUGAUGGCAUUGAGAAGCCGGAAUCCAAGAACUCCAUCCACGACUUCAUGGCACACCCGGAAUUUCUCAUCAGUGACUUGGUCCACAACAUCCCCUUGAUUGACGAGACAGACAUUGAAACCGAAGAAUCAGAGCGCUCAGAGUGCAACAACGUUCGCCUGGCUUUUCGUCAAGCUCCUCCCCCUGCCCAGGCCCCUCAGCCUCCCCCUCGCUGCCGCUCCACCUCCCGUCCCGCCCCCUGCCGCCAGCAGAGCCUCCCCGUUACACUCAACUGCAACAACAACGCCACUGCUGCUGCUGACGCUGAGAAUGGAGAUCAUCUGAACCCAAAAGAUGCAACACUACCAACUGCUUCUCUCUGCCGCCCCGCCAGCCCGUUGCACAGCUUGGAGACCUGUUUAUAACUACAAUCUGGGCACAUGGUUGACAAGUAGGGAGAGGAAACACCAAUGACUUUGAUGGACAUGGAUGUAACCCAACAAAGAGGAAAUGAAGAGGAAAACUGGACAUGGAAAGAGAAAUUAUUACAUUGUAUAGACCAAUGGUUUUAUAGAUUGUUGCCCAACCUUUCCUCAACAGCCACUGCUUUUAGCCUGCACUCUCCGCUUCAAAACACUCACAUAUCCUCUCAAAAAGCUCCGCAAUCUAACGAUGCUAACCCCAUCAGACUCUGAUCGACACUUUUGAAAUGUAUAUCUAGGCACGCAAUAGAGGAGUGAUUGGUGUAGUGGAGACAAGAAUGAACUGGAAUUGAUUCUUGCCCUUUUGAUUGAAAAUAUUGAAGACUCAACCGAAAGUGAAAUGGGGUUAAUUCAUUCUGCUUUUUAACAAUAUAAUUGUUCAGAUUAUUACUGUUGUUAUUACUACUGCAAUUACUACAAUUACUACUACAAUUAUUAUAUUCCAGUUAAUGAUGCUUCAUUAAUUAGCUUUAUCUUUCCAUGUAUGUUUGUAUGUAUUGUUUGUUUGCUUAACUGCUGUAUUUGUCUCCUUGUUUUUCUGUUUUUAUAUACUCCUUCUGGUCACGUCACCUUUUUUCCUUUUCUGUGUUUACAUGUGUUGUGUAUGUCUUGAAAAAGAAAAUAAUAAAUAUAACUAUACAAAUAAAUUUAAAACAUAUACAACAACUUCAAAACACAAAAUGGUAAGAAAAUAGUAGAUAUGCUAUAAAAAAAAAUCCCCAAAAGCACUACUAAUAGUUUUGGUUCUUCUCUUCAUGUAGAUAUGUCUUGAAUUAAGUUAUUCAUUUGGACACUUCCAUGAACAAAGGGAACAACUGAACUGAGUAUUGAAAAUAUUAAGUUGUGCAUAGUGAUUAAAGUAAUUUAUUUAAAUGAUUAUUUUAUUAA